CAUCAGUUCUGUAAGCGCGCCCAUGUGAUUGGAAGGGGCCGCGCCCCGCUCUCGCCACCGCCGCGCUGGAGCGAGCGAAGCGACCGCGAUUGCAGGCGGCCAGCACCCUCCAGCGGCCGAGGCGCCGCCAGCCGCAGCGUCGAGUUGGACUUCGAACACGCAGCUAUAAAUCGCCCGAGUCGAGUGAGAACAACGCGGGUAGCGGUUCCAGCAUGAUUUUUAAGUAUUGUCCAGAUUGUGGCCAGAAUUUAGAAGCUACUUUCAAGUUUUGUCCAUCAUGUGGUUUCAAGAUACCCAAAGGAGAAAAUGAGGAGGAAGUGCAGCCUGUUACCUUUCAUUCCACCUCAUCUUCAGUUUCAGCACAAACUGAGCCGAGUCCAAAAGCACCAAAUUCAAAGUGCUCCCCUGUGAAAUUAAUCUCUCCCAAAAAAGAAAUAGCUUCUCCUAAGAGAAAAAGAGAGAGUGACCUGAGCACUCAGAAAUCCCCUGUCAAGUCACCACUUGCUGCAAAAAGUCCAAAAGGAAAGCGGCAAAAGAAUAAUCCUUUGGAACUGAAUAUAGAAAAUGAAAUUCUGACUGAUCAGAACAAUAAAAAAUGGAAACUUAUCAGGCUUCUUUCUCAGCAUGAAACUGAAUCUGGGUUGCUCUUGUACAAUGUCCUGUGUAAUCCAAUAUCAACAGCAUUCCACCAAGACCUGGAUGAAGAUCACUCUCGUGAAGCCGUUGCCCUCGUUCUGGCAUCACACUGUCAGCCGGACAGUUCUUGAUGCCCGGGCCUCGGGCUAAUGCACUGCUAUCUUCAGCCAUCCUGUUCACUGCUGUCAUCAUCGUCGCUGGAAAGGGGUGUUAGAUUGGGAGCCUGAUGGCCAGUUUAGUGUGUGGCUGCAUCAGGUUGUGUGUAGAUGCCAGGUAUGUGGGCACCAAGUACCACUAUGUGCCCAGGUUCUACCUGUUGCCCUGGCUAUGCUGGAUGGGUCUGGCCCCUUUCCCGUGCAACACCCCUGUCAGCUGGUUGUUGCCACCAUACCAAUCCUUCAUAGAGAAGUUCUUUCAGGUCAACGCCUUUGACCACAGAGCCAUCAGGCAGUGGUCAGCACAUAGGGUCCUGCAGGCACUGCAGGUGAAGGACGUGAUGGACACAGUGGGGUGGUUCCCUGAGCAGACCGUUCAGUUCAUCUGGCAAAAUGCCUCAUUGCCAGACCUCACCAACAGGCACCAAGAUCUCGCCUGGCUGGCAGUAAGAGGGGCCCUCCCAGUCCGAUCCCUCCUGUACGCCCGGAAUGUCGUCUCCUCACCCCUCUGCCCACGGGAGGGCUGCAAUGAGGAGGACUCGGUGACCCACCUCUUUGCACACUGUAGGUUCGCGGAGAAGGUGUGGAGGAGGAUGGAAGGGGCAGUGUCGAAGUUCAUCCCCAGCAGCUGCGUGACAGGACUCCCUGAUCUAUGGGCUGUUCCCGGGGACGCACACCGAGACCAACAUCCGGUGCUGCUGGCAGAUCAUCAGUUCGGUGAAAGACGCUCUUUGGUCGGCCCGAAACUUGAUGGUCUACCAGCACAUGGUGAUGUCCGUGGGGGAAUGCUGCCGACUGGCACAUUCUCAGCUGCAGGAGUACAUGCUGAGGGACAUACUCAAACUGGGGCAGCCACCGCAAGGGCCCAGUGGGGAAGGACCACAGUCUAGGGUUCUUCUCCCGCGGGAGUUGAGGGGUAGGGAGACGGUGUAUACCCCUAAACAAGUGUAUGUAAAUAUGGAAUAUCAGAAUGCCAUGUGGGUGGCGAAAAGUGUGAAAAUGUAAGAUAGUAAUGGAAACAAUUGUAAAGAAUUGAAAGUCAUUGAAUGGUUUAUUGUAUAUAAUUUUACUUUUGGACAGUCUAUUUUGAUUAAAAAAAUGUUUCCAGGA